AUGGAUCGCACCGACGAUGCGGUGGUGUCGAUGCUUGAAACCCCUUUCCAGUCGUCCGCCGCACUCCUACCGAGACAUCGCAAAGCCGCGCCUUCGCGCUCACAUUCCGCCAAUCCGUCAACGGUUGACCCGGCAUCGCCCGAGGUGAUCUCCUCGUUGAUCUCAUCCCUGUCCACGAUCUCCGCGCCCCUUCAAUCUCAUUUCGACAACGUCCCGCGCAUUGGUUCUGAAACCGGCCCAUCCUCGCCCGUUGUCUUGCCGUCCGAUCAACAUUCCAUCCCAGACCAGCGCCCGCCCACCGAGCAUGGUUUUGGUGUGAGCUACGGGGCACCCCCAGCCUCCGAUGAACCGCCGAACACUCCCUUCUUGCAUCCGGAUGAUGCCGCCGUUGCGCCCGUCAUUCGCAUGGCUCGAGCUCCUCCCUCCCCAAAAUCAAACCCGGGCCCCGAUCCUUCUUCCAUCCUGGGACGACCGACCUCUCGGGGCUCGUACACUUCGUCGAAGGCGGCAUAUGAAGACUACGCAUUUGGCAUGAUCACGGCGGAACCGGGUCCUCGAUUGUCGACUGCGCCGAGCAUUGCUUCGUCGGGUUCAAGGAAGAGCCUGAAGAACCAACUGGUCCUAUUGAAGAAAGGCUCCCGAGAAUUUGGCGGAGAUAAAGACAAGCGAGCGGAGCGGUUGCGGAAGACAAGUAGCUACAACGACAGCUUAAAACACAACAUUCCCCGCAGUAGAGCCAGCCUGCGAUCCUUGUAUUCUAUGGCUGAUGUCGCCGAGGAGGGCCGGCCGGGCCCAUCUGGCAUGGUCCCCACUACGGAGGAGAGGACCGUUAGCAGGAGCUCCAGCAAGGAGCGACAAUCAUUGCAAUAUACCCCUGAGAGCGCGCCCGGCACCCCGGGUGGUAUUGGAAGUGGCAGGGUCAUUCCCACCCGCGAGUCGUCCCUGCGCCAUAGUUUCUCAUCCAGCCCCAAGCACCACAGAUCUGUCCGUCAUGCUCGUCGGUAUUCAUCCUCGGGAAGUAAAGAGAUGAAAGCAGACAGUAGCGCCGCCGGUUCCAGCAACGAGGCCGAACAGGUGACCAAGAGGAUACAACAGUUAAAGGAUCAGCAGCAGAAGAUCAAAACUGAGCUGGAAAUUGACGACAGUCCCGACAAACCCGUCGCAGAGUCCCCUUCCCAACACACUCUGCCACCACAGAGACUCGAUGAAGGGGAGCGUCUCACUGAGCCCGCGAAAAGGCAGAAUGAUUGCAAGUCUGUAUUGGACUUCGACGAGAGCGCACCAUCACCGGCUGUUAUGACGGGGAAAAGCAGGUCGGUGAAACGCACAAGCCCGAUACUCGCAUCUAGACCGACCAACGUACCGUUACAGCCUUCGUCGAGGAGGCAAUCGUUCGAGAAAUUCGAUUCCACCGAAAGAAUCCAUCACCGGCAGUCCAUGGAGUCUUCGACACCUUCCCGGCAUCCUAAUCAUUUUGCGUCCGGCCAGCCCUCUCCAGGGCAUGGCUCGAUCGUAGAUGAGCGCCCGUCAAGUGCGGAUUCUAUCGACCUUGCGGUUUUUGACUACGUAUCGUCUUCAAAAUUGACGCAGAAAGUGGUCCAUCCCGCUACCGGUCGUGCCAUAGCGUUUUCAGAAGUCGGGGACCCCAAGGGCUAUGUAGUACUCUGCUGUCUCGGGAUGGGAUUGACUCGAUAUCUGAUGGCCUUUUACGACGAGUUAGCACGGUCUCUUCAUCUCCGGCUCAUAACGUUGGAUCGCCCCGGGGUUGGUGAGAGUGGGCCUCAUGUGAGCGAGGCGGGGACUCCCUUGAGCUGGCCUGUAGACGACGUUGCGAUCGUAUGCAAUCAUCUCAAAGUGACCAAGUUCUCCAUCCUUGCUCACUCGGCCGGCGCCAUCUAUGCGCUGGCGACUGCCUUGAGAAUACCUCAACACAUCCGAGGACGGAUUCAUCUUCUCGCUCCCUGGAUACCACCCUCCCAGUUAUCCAGUAUAGGCUCGCCCAAGGCCCCCGUGCCCACCAACGCUGUUCCUUACUCCCAGAGAAUACUCCGCGCGCUUCCGACAUCCAUUUUGAAGGUCGCAAAUUCCAGCUUCAUGAGCGCAACCAGCGCGAGUAUUACUUCCAGUCUACCAAAGUCUCCUCGACGUGCCAGGCGAAGAGCGACGGUCAAGGACACAUCUAGCCCGACUGCCCUCGAGAGUAAUGGGGCCCAGCGUCUUCCCAGCAAGAUACACCAGCAGGGAGCGGAUUUUCGGACGUUGCAAACCAUUCAACCCCCGUCAAUACCGAACGCGUCUGGGGACAAGAAGCCCGAAGUCACCGCGAACCCGGCCCCGUCGACGGCAUCCGAAGAACGGGAGCGCCAGACCGACUACGACACUCGCCUAACUCACAAAAUCUGGGAGCUGGCUACCGCGAACGCCAACCCAGCCGUCGAUCUACUGGUGUGCCUGGAGCGUCGCCAGCCAAUUGGUUUUCGAUAUGUCGAUAUCACUCGAAACGUUGUCAUCCACCAUGGAAGCAGAGACACCCGCGUUCCUGUCGACAAUGUCCGGUGGCUAGGUCAAACCAUGCGGCGCUGCGAAGUCCGAGUCCUUGAGGGGGAAGGCCAUGGGUUGAUGGCCUCGGCUGGGGUGAUGGGCAAUGUACUGAUGGAGAUUGCCAAGGAAUGGGAGGAUUGGAUGAUCGUGGUCCAGGGCAAGCGCCGAGGAACCAUGGGACCACGGUCAGGGAUUGCCGUUCAAGCGUAA